AUGACCAGUGAAAAUGAGGCAAAGACUGUGUUAUACAAAAAAACUGCCGAGUACUUUGAUAGAGGAGUUCAGAGGAAUUUAGAAGGGGAUGCGCCAGAGUCAUUGAAGCCAGUGGUGCCAGCGAAAUCAUUGCCAGUGAAGUCAUUGGCAGUGAAGUCAUUGCCAGUGAAGCCGUUGCCACUGAAGUCAUUAUCAAGAGAAGAAAUAUCCCAAAUCAAGUCGCACAGGAUCACUGAACAUGACCAGAAAGACGUUCUUCGGAUAUUUAUAAGUGACUUUGCUGGACAGUCAAUCUACUACGAUACCCAUGGCUGCUUUGUGAAACCGCAUUGCCCUUAUGUUUUGGUUCACGAUCUUUCUCUGGAGUUUGAUAAACCCGCCGUCCCCAGGUUUAAAAACAGAGCUGAAAAUAAAGAGAUCGAGAUGAACAAUCCUCAUCUUAAUACCAAUUUAGAUCAUUUUACAUCAUGGUUGAAAUUUCUGCAAGGUUUAGGAGAAUACCAAGAUCAACAGUUCCCUGAUAAAACUGGUCACUGUACUACUGCAGACGGUCGUAAUUUUAAACGCCCUCCGGUAUUAAUAGCCUUAACUCACAGUGAUAAGGUGAAAGGCAACGACCCCAAAAUACUCAGCGUACAGAAGAGAAUGAAAAAUGUCGUGUCUGCAAGUGACUAUAAGAAUGUCAUUCUUGGGGUUUUCCAGAUCGACAACACAUUAGAAGGCGACGACGGAGACGACGUGCGAAAGCUUC